AUGCCUCUCCUUCCAAACGUCAACUUACCGUGGCCGAUGACCCUCCACGCCUUCGGCCUCACCUUCUACGGACUUUAUCAAACAUUCCGCCUUCCAUCCUCUCCCAAAACGACCUCCUCAAGAGUUUCUACUCCACCAACGAACCCAAUGCUCGGCAUCGCCACGUUCGGGCUUGGCCUCGCUUACUUCACAACCUCGUACAUGCCACUCGAGCAGAACCAAUUCUUUUACGCUACUGUCCCAGUCCGCAUCAUCCUCGCUUGUAUGGCUACCGCGAGACUAGUCUUGGAUGGAAAGGUUGGAAGUUUGAGUAAGGAGGAUAGGAUUAACUUGUUGAUGGUGGUAGGGUACGAUGGAUUGAGUGCGGUGGUUUUAGGAUGGUGGUUAGGGAGUUUUGGUGGACGUGUCCCUCGACUUUGA